AUGAAAAGAGAAGUUAAUGAAUGUUUUGGUCGUCAAACAUCCUUUACUGUUGUUAUCAUUCAUCAUCAAAGACGUUUGCUUUUGACCGACGUUUAUGGUGUAAUGUCAAAAGGAACGCAUAAACAAUUUUCCGUUCUAUCAACCCGUCAGAUAACUCAUACACGUCUUUAUGAUGAUGGAAUACUUGAAACAAAAUAUGAAAUUUCAAAUAAAUUAGGUGAAGGUUCAUUUGGAACUGUUUAUCGUGUUAGAAACAAAGAAACAGAUUUGUUUUAUGCAAUGAAGACUAUUGCUAAAAAGCCUGGGAAUAAGACCAAAGCAAUAAGCCUUGAUAACGAAGUAAAACUAUUAGAAGAAGUUAAUCAUCCGAAUUUAAUUCAACUUCAUGAAGUACUUGAAUCAUCUCAGAAUCUUUAUUUAAUCGUUGAAUUAUGUGAAGGUGGUGAAUUAGGUCUGCAUGUAAAGAAAAUUGGCCCAUUACCCGAAGAAACCAUUAAACAAAUUAUGUCGAAAUUAGUCAGUGCUUUGUAUUACCUUCAUAAAAUGGAUAUUGUACAUCGUGAUCUUAAAUUAGAAAAUAUUUUAUUAAAAAAUACUCCAGCCAGUAAAACAGACGAAUUUGAUAUUCGAGUUACUGAUUUUGGAUUGAGUUCAAAAAAAAGUAUCACCAAUACUGAUUCACUUUUUAAUGAAUAUUGUGGAACUCCAUUAUACAUGGCACCGGAAAUACUCGAAAAUAAAAACUAUAGUGCUCUUUGUGAUGUAUGGGCCUUAGGAAUUAUAAUGUAUUAUUUAAUUUCUGGUCGUCAUGCAUAUAUUGCGAAUGAUGAACGACGUUUGCUUGAAAUAAUUCGUUCAACAAAACUUCGAUAUGAUUCUGAAAGAUUCAAAAAUUUAUCUUCUGAAGGGCUUGAUUUUUUACAAGGAAUGAUUGUUUAUGAUACAGUUCAUCGUCGAACAAUGGGUGAAUUAACUGUACAUCCAUGGCUAACGGGUCGAUCAGAUAAAGGACCAGCUAAAGAUAUAAUAACAAUGAUGAAAGAAUUUCAAGCUGAAAAUGAACGACGUCGAACGAAUUUAGAAAAUAAUCCUACAGUGGAAUUAAAUGCGACUAGUAAUGAGAUAAUUUUGCAAUCAACAUCAAACGAUGAAUCAGAAACAGUGUCACAUUCAACUUCAUCUAAACAAGAUUAUGUUGAUCAUCAAAUUAAGACAACAUCAAAUCAAACUAAAAGCAAUACACUAGAACGGCGAACAGCUGUUGAUCGAAAUAAAUUAAAUUUCAAAACAAAUAGAUUGGCAACGGAUAUUCUUAAGACAUCGAGACGUUCAAAUAAUGUUGCAAAUGAAUCAAAUGUUACUUCGCCUAAUAGUCAUUUGCAAAUGAAACACAAUGAUAGAACAUCGUCUUUGACUGAUUCUAGUCAAACACCUCAAACAUCGAAUACUCCGUCUGUUCCUUCGUCAUCAACGGCGUUGUCGAAAUUAGGAACAAGAAACAUUCAAUUCGGUCGUUCUCAAUCUCAUGCUGAUCUAUUGUCUUCUCCUAAACUAACACAUCAACGAACAGUAUCUAACAAUUCAUUAGCGGUUGGUGCUUUUCCUUCUGCAUCAACUUCGACACCAUCAUCUAGUGACCAUAUAACUCCAACUCUUAAUAAAACUUCACCAUCUUCCGCAGCAACUGCUUUGAUGAUGAUUCAUAAAAAUCAUUCAAAGAAUUCUUCCUCAUCACUUCCAACUAUUUCUAAUCGUCAUCAUCACACACACAACAUAUCUCUGUCCGAUAAACGAUAUAGUAAUCACACCUAG